ACUAGUAGGAAAGAGAGAAGCCUCAUACCAGCAUACACCAAGCUCCAGUGUGUUUGUAUCAGCUGGGUGACAAUGACAUCAGUUUUCUUCUUGCUAUUUAUUGUCCCUUGCUUUUUCCAGCCUGCACAGUCAGCCUACAACUGCACAGCAUGCGAAAACAGAAAAUGCCCCCCAAUGAUAACUCCGUGCCCUGGAAGUGAAGCUAUAGAUCCAUGUGGGUGCUGUAAACAUUGUGCAAAGCAAGUUCUAGAGAUCUGUGGAGGCCCAGACUGGGAAUAUGGCUAUUGUGAUUCUUCCUAUAAAUGUGCAGCUAAAAACGGCACAGGGCUGGUAGAAAUCCCAAAUACAGGAAUAUGCAAAGAUAUGCCUGGUUACAGAACCCCAUCGCACUAUGCUGAAGAUGAUGAUGAGGACUGUCCUGAGCAUUCUGGCUGUUAUAAAGUCAUGGGAACGUGUGACUGUGUAACUAAGCGUACAUGCAUACCAAACUUCUCAUUUGAACGGUAUGACCCUCUGUAUUGUGAUCCACAGUUUGAUGAUCCUUCUUAUGACCAUUUGUAUCAAUAUCCCUGUACCCGCUAUGGCUGCAACCUUGUGGACAACCAGUGUAUUUGUCAACAGAGCGGUUGUGACCGUACUUUUGAAUUCCCGGAUAAAAAAAGUUGCCACAGAGUGCUAAGAGAGCGGUUGUGUGCCAAUGUCACUUGUCCUGAAGUAGAACCACUGCAAUGUCCAAGGGAUUCUAUGGUGACAAAGCCCCAUACGCCUUAUGGAGAGUGUUGUUCAACUAUUCCUAGUGAAUGCACAUGCAACUUCAAACUAUGCAACGACCGUUGCCCAAGGGGGAAAAGAAAAGUGAUGGCUUGGAAAUCAGAUGGGGUCUCUGGAAGAUGCUGUGAUAAAUUUCUGUGUUUGCUAUAAACCAAGAAAUUAUACAACUAAAGAUGAGCGAAUCGAAUCCCACGAAGUGGAAUUAGAUCCGAAUUUCAGGAUAAAUUUGAUUCGCCUUGAAGCCGAAUUCCCUCGUGCUUCGUGUAAGCAAAUCGAUUUAACCUGAAAUAGUAUUAAAAAAGUCAUUCUUACCUCCUCCAUUUGCUCGUGAUGGGCCGCCAGCUGCCAUCUUGAUUGAAGAUCUCGGCCGAAAUCCCAUGCAUGGUGACAUAGUCUCACACCGUGUGAGAUUUCAAGCCAGCUCUUCAAGCAAGGUGGCGGAGGCCGGCCCGUCACGAGCAAAUGGAUGAGGUAAGUUUUUUUUUUUGUGUGUUAAUUUCACAUCGUUUUUACACAAAGAAGCCGCGAUCAUGUAUGAACGCGGCAUCUGGGGGGUACAAUAAUGGGAGGUGGCGCUAUCGCAGCUCCCUGUCAUUUCACCCACUACUAACAAAAAAAAUGCGCUUCGUGACAAAGUAAUUCGUCACAAAGCAAAUUAUUUUUUAAAAUUCGGCAAAGCAGUCGAAUCAAACUUUAAAAAAAUUCGCUCAUCUCUAGAUACAACCUUGGUGCUCUGCCUAGGCAGUCCAGAAAUAUAAGUAGGGUGGGAGUUAAUACAGUAAGUGCUUACAUACCAGGGUAUCUUAAGCAUAGUAGAAGUAAUCACUCUAAUUUUUGGUGCCUGUGCAAGGUCAUCCAUGUAUUAACUGCUCUCACAUGAUCAAAGGAUAAACUUUAUGGUAGACCCUUGCAUCACAUAUCGUGCAUAACCAACCUGAGUGGUUACCUUGUAGAUUUCAGAUGUAUUCAAAUAUAUUCAUAAUCUGAGAGGCAUUCGACAUGUAACUAAAUCUUAAAAUAUU